GGAUCCAUUUUGAGGACAGAGCAGAAAACGCAAUAUGGGGAGAAGAAAAAAAAAGAGGGGUCAGUGCUCUAAAAUGAGUCUCUCUGUGGAGAGAGAGGAGGGGGGCCCUGCCUCUAAAAUGCAUCUCUCUGGGGGACAUGACACCAAAGCUAAGAGUCCAAUCAAGAGGAAGAGACCAGCCUCCCCUGUUCCCAGCUGUGUGUCCAUGAAGAGUGACUGGUCUAUGAGACAUCCUCUACACUUUAGAGAGGGAGACUUUUCUACUGAACAAAGAAACCAACAGGAGAGAUCAGAGUCAGAGAUUCUCAGUGGUCAGUCUUCCCAGAGUCAUCAAACAGACCUGGCCUCCAUAUUCAGUUUGCUUGAAGAGAAUAUUUUGACAUUUGUGAAGAACGAGCUGAAGAUGUUCAAGAGGAUUCUUAGUCCAGAACUCCCAGAAGGCUUUGAGAGUCAGAAGCAGGAUAAGGAAGUGGUGGAUGCUGAAGAUGAGAAGCAGGAGAGCAGUGCCAGAGAGGGGGCUCUGAAGAUCACACUGCACGUCCUGAGGAAAAUGAACCAGAAGGAGCUUGCUGACACACUGGAGAAAUAUUCAGAUGAGCUUGCUGUGAUUUGCCAACGUGAACUCAAAUCUAAUCUAAAGAAGAAGUUUCAAUGUGUAUUUGAGGGGAUCGCUAAACAAGGAAACCCAACACUUCUCAAUAAGAUCUACACAGAGCUCUACAUCACAGAGGGUGGAACAGGAGAGGUCAAUAAUGAACAUGAGCUGAGACAGAUUGAGACAACAACCAGGAAACAAGCAAGACCAGAGACUGCAGUCAAAUGUAACGACAUCUUCAAACCAUUAACUGGACAAGACAAACUUAUCAGAACUGUGCUGACAAAGGGAGUCGCUGGCAUUGGAAAAACAGUCUCUGUGCAGAAGUUCAUUCUGGACUGGGCUGAAGGAAAAGCAAAUCAGGAUGUCCAAUUUGUAUUUUCAUUCCCUUUUCGGGAGCUGAAUUUGAUAAAAGAAAACAAACACACUUUCAUUGAACUUCUCAAUCACUUCUCAAUGGAAACCAAACAAUCAGGAAUCUCCAUCUACAACAAGUACAAAGUUCUGUUCAUCUUUGAUGGUCUGGAUGAGUGCCGACUGCCCCUAGACUUCCAGAAGAACAAGAUCUGUUGGGACGUCACAAAAUCAACCUCAGUGGAUGUUCUGCUGACAAAUCUCAUCAAGGGAAAUCUGCUUCCCUCUGCUCUCAUCUGGAUAACUACCCGACCUGCAGCAGCCAAUAAGAUCCCUUCAAUGUGUGUUGACCAGGUGACAGAGGUACGAGGCUUUAAUGACCCACAGAAGGAGGAGUACUUCAGGAAGAGAUUCAGUGAUGAGGACCUGGCCAGCAGAAUCAUCUCACACAUAAAGACAUCAAGGAGCCUCCACAUCAUGUGCCACAUUCCAGUCUUCUGUUGGAUUUCUGCAACUGUCCUUGAACACAUGCUGAAACAUAAGAGAGAAGAGAUGCCCAAGACUCUGACUGAGAUGUACACACACCUUGUGGUGUUUCAUACCAAACAGAAGAAUGAAAAGUAUCUUGGGAAUGAAGAGACAGGUCCACACUGGAAUAAAGAGAGCAUUCUGUCACUGGGAAAACUGGCUUUUCAACAGCUUGUGAAUGGCAAUCUGAUUUUCUAUGAAGGAGACCUGGAAGAGGCUGGCAUUGAUGUCAGUGAAGCCUCAGUGUACUCAGGAUUGUGCACACAGAUCUUUAAAGAGGAAUGUGUGCUGUACCAGGACAAGGUGUACUGCUUUGUUCAUCUGAGCAUUCAGGAGUUUCUGGCUGCUGUAUAUGUGUUCCUCUCAUUCAUCAACAACAAUGAGAAUCUAAUGGACAAACUGCAAACAAACAACAAGUCUGAAAUUACUUUCUACAAGAGUGCUGUGGAUAAAGCCUUACAAAGUGAGACGGGAAACCUGGACCUUUUCCUCCGCUUCCUUCUGGGCCUCUCACUGGAGUCCAAUCAGAAGCACUUACGAGGUCUAAUGACAAAGAAAAGAAGCAGCUCAAAGACCCAUGAUAGAACAGUCAAGUACAUCAAGGACAAGAUCGGGGAGAAUCUCUCUCCAGAGAGGAGCAUCAAUCUGUUCCACUGUCUGAAUGAACUGAAUGACCAUUCUCUAGUGGAGGAGAUCCAAAGCUACCUGAGCUCAGGAAGUCUCUCAAAACCCAACCUGUCACCUGCACAGUGGUCAGCUCUGGUCUUUGUGUUGCUGACUUCAGAAAAGGAGCUGGAUGUGUUUGACCUGAAGAAAUACUCCAGAUCAGAGGAAGGUCUUCUGAGGCUGCUGCCAGUGGUCAACGCCUCCAGAGCUGUUCUGCUGACAGGCUGUGGAGUCACAGAGGAAGGCUGUGCUUCUCUGGUCUCAGCUCUGGAGUCAAACCCCUCACACCUGAGAGAGCUGGAUCUGACUAACAAUGACCUGAAGGAUUCAGGAGUGAAGCUGCUCUCUGCUGGACUGGGGAAUCCCCACUGUAAACUGGAGACUUCAGGCUGUCUAGUCACAGAUGAAGGCUGUGUUUCUCUGGUCUCAGCUCUGAGGUCAAACCCCUCACACCUGAGAGAACUGGACCUGAGUAACAAUGACCUGAAGGAUUCAGGAGUGAAGCUGCUCUCUGCUGGACUGGGGAAUCCCCACUGUAAACUGGAGACUCUGAGGCUGUCAGGUUGUCUAGUCACAGAGGAAGGCUGUGCUUCUCUGGUCUCAGCUCUGAGGUCAAACCCCUCACACCUGAGAGAGCUGGACCUGAGCUACAAUCACCCAGGAGACUCAGGAGUCAUACUGCUCUCUGCUGGACUGGAGGAUCCAGACUGCAGACUGGAGAAACUCAAGCUGUCAGGCUGUGGAGUCACAGAGGAAGGCUGUGCUUCUCUGGUCUCAGUUCUCAGUUCAAACCCCUCACACCUGAGAGAGCUGGACCUGAGUAACAAUGACCUGAAGGAUUCAGGAGUGGAGCUGCUCUCUGCUGGACUGGGGAAUCCCCACUGUAAACUGGAGACUCUGAGGCUGUCAGGCUGUCUAGUCACAGAGGAAGGCUGUGCUUCUCUGGUCUCAGCUCUGGAGUCAAACCCCUCACACCUGAGAGAGCUGGACCUGAGCUACAAUCACCCAGGAGACUCAGGAGUCAGACUGCUCUCUGCUGGACUGGAGGAUCCACACUGCAGACUGGAGAAACUCAAUGUGGAACAUGGUGGAGAGAACAGAAUGAAACCUGGGCUUAGAAAAUAUGUCUGUGAUCUCACACUGGACCUAAACACAGUAAACAGACACCUCUCUCUGUCUGAGGAGAACAGAAAGGUGACAUGUAGGAGAGAGGAGCAGCCGUAUCCUGAUCACCCAGAGAGAUUUGAGGCCUGUGAACAGGUGUUGUGUAGAGAGGGUCUGACUGGGCGCUGUUACUGGGAGGCAGAGGAGAGGGGGAGAAGGGUUGAUAUAGGAGUGACAUAUAAAGGAAUCAACAGGAGAGGAGAGGUUAAUGACUGUUGUCUUGGAUGGAAUGACAAGUCCUGGAAUCUGUUCUGCUCUGACAACAGUUACUCUGCCAGGCACAAUAAGAAACCCACUACCAUAGAUGUCCCCUCCUCCAGCUCCCACAGAGUAGGAGUGUAUCUGGACUGGCCAGCCGGCACUCUGUCCUUCUAUAGAGCCUCCUCUGACACACUGACCCACCUGAUCACAUUCACCUCCACAUUCACUGAGCCCCUCUAUCCAGGGUUUAGUGUUUGGGAUGAUGGUGACUCAGUGUCCCUCUGUCAGUGACACACUGGACACAGACACAC